UGUUGGUGAGCAGAGAGGGCGCUGAGCAGCUGAGGCGGUGCUUGACAGGAGGGAUCCAUUCCUCACUCAGUCUCUGCUCGGCACUAGUUCACCGCUUCCACUCCGCCGACCUGCUGCCGACAUUUAAAGUUAACGGCCACUUCGCUUCCCGUCUGACAGCAGGAUUUCGGACCGGCUGUUCUGCUGCACCGCGACGGUUCCCCACGGACAAAGAGCCGAGAGCCAACUGAGAGACCUGGCCCACCUGAUCGUCUACAUAAACAGAACUGCUAGGCAACACUGCUGACCUUUUGAGGGAAUUAAGUGAGGACAGUGUGAACCUUUCAGCGUCCAAAGAGAGCAAAUGGAUCCAAAUGACAUGCAGGCAGUUAGUGCAGAAGCAGGCACCAUGUCCACCCCCACAAACCCAGAGGUGAAGGAACUGAACCCUGUCGACUUUAUCCAGCUACAACAGUACAUUGAAUACUGCAGCCUGAAGGUGAAAGACGUACUGACGGAAUUUGAUGCAGAUGGCAGUCUGGCCCGGCACAGACAUGGAGAGUGCAUCAAUGAAGAAGGCUUUCGUCUAUUCCUGAAGACAUAUUUAGAAGAGGAGGACUUCCCUGUGGAUCUCUGCCAGCGACUCUUCCGCUCCUUCCAAAACUCUGAACCCACCCAGGAAGACAGUACCAAGGAGGUCUUCCUGAAGGAUGUUUCAUGUUACUUCUCUCUCCUGGAGGAUGGCCAGCCCCGGGACAAGUUAGAGUUUGCUUUCAGGCUCUACGACAGAGAUGGCAACGGAGUCCUUGACAGCUCUGAAGUGGAUCGAAUUAUUGCUCAGAUGAUGCAUGCUGCAGAAUAUCUUGACUGGGAUGUGUCAGAGCUCAAGCCUGUUCUGAAGGACAUGAUGACAGCAAUUGAUGCUGACAGCAGCGGUACAGUGUCUCUGGAAGAGUGGGUCGAGGGAGGCAUGAACAACGUUCCCUUGCUGGUCUUGCUGGGUCUAAAGAUGACUCAGAAGGACGGGCAGCACCUUUGGCGGAUGAAACACUUUAACAAGCCUGUUUACUGCAACGUGUGUCAGAGCAUGCUGCUGGGUUUGAGGAAGCAGGGCCUGUGCUGCACCUGCUGCAAAUACACAGUCCAUGGACGCUGUGCUAACAGGAACCCGGCCCCUUGCACCAGGACAUAUGUGAAGUCAAAGAAAGAAACAGGGGUUCCAGCUCAUGACUGGGUGAGUGGGAACUGUGACUCUAGGAAGUGUGACAAAUGCCAGAAGAAGAUCAAGAGCUUCCAAGGCUUAACAGGGAAACACUGUGUGUGGUGCCACACUAUGCGUCAUGAUGAAUGUGCAAAUCAAGAGCCAACAGAAUGUACCUGUGGGCCGCUCAGAGACCAUAUCCUGCCUCCGUGGGCAAUAUAUCCUGUUAUAAAGAUACGUCUUGGACAAGACGCUGAACCUGAAGUUGCUCUCAGUGGCAGACAAGCAGCUUCGCCAUCACUGGAGAGACCAAAUAAUGUAAAAAAUGGGUGCUCAGCAGAUGACAGUGAGCUCAAUACUACUCCUGAUGGACAAGUGCUUCAGAUUGCCCCUGUGCCAAACACCCAUCCUCUUCUAGUGUUUGUCAACCCUAAAAGUGGAGGCAAGCAGGGAGAAAGAGUCCUGCGUAAAUUUCAGUAUUUACUGAAUCCACGGCAGGUGUACAACCUUUCAAAUGGUGGCCCUGGACCAGGAUUGAGUUUCUUCAGAAAUCUGCAGGACUACAGAAUCUUGGUGUGUGGUGGAGACGGCACAGUUGGAUGGAUUCUAGAUGCAAUAGACAAAGCCAGUCUGUUGGUACGGCCACCUGUUGCUGUGCUUCCUCUGGGCACCGGAAAUGACCUUGCACGAUGUCUGCGUUGGGGAGGAGGAUAUGAUGGUGAAGAUCUGAGUCGUAUUCUUAAAGACAUUGAGGGCAGCUCUCAGGUGCUGAUGGACCGCUGGAGUGUGCAGGUUAUCACAGAUGAGAAUCAGGAGAAAGGUGACCCAGUGCCAUAUGAAAUCAUCAACAACUACUUCUCUAUUGGAGUUGAUGCCUCCAUUGCCCACCGGUUUCACACAAUGAGAGAGAAACAUCCACAGAAAUUCAACAGCAGAAUGAAGAACAAGCUGUGGUAUUUCGAAUUUGCCACUUCAGAAACCAUCUCUGCUUCCUGCAAGAAACUGAGCGAAAGCUUAACGAUCGAGUGCUGUGGUACCGCACUUGAUCUCAGUGCCGUGUCGCUUGAGGGAGUUGCUGUCCUGAACAUUCCCAGCAUGCACGGUGGCUCCAACCUGUGGGGUGAGACCAAAAAAGUGGACACUAAGGGACUGACGAGCCAGGAAGAGCCUGAGGUUAUCGUCAACCCAGAAAUCCUGAAAGUGACUUCCCAAGAUCUCAGUGACCGUCGAUUAGAGGUUGUCGGCCUUGAAGGAGCCAUGGAGAUGGGACAGAUUUACACAGGCCUCAAGAGCGCCGUGCGGCUCGCUAAAACUUCACAAAUCACAAUAAGGACAAAGAAGGCAUUACCAAUGCAGAUAGAUGGAGAGCCGUGGAUGCAGCCUCCCUGCACGAUUCACAUCACACACAAGAAUCAAGCCAGUAUGUUGAUGGCUCCUCAGGCCAAAUCAUCUGGUUUUUUCAACUACAAAUAAAACCGACUGACAAUGCACGUCUUUGCUGUAUAUAGAGGACUGACACUUUUUUUUAAAUAUAUAAAAUCAAUUUGAAUGUUGUAUAAUAAUCACAUUGUAACAGUUGAAGUAAGCGUAACUGUCUCUGCAUCACUGUAACACAUAACCGAAGCAUGGCAUGAUACCAAUACAAACUUUAUGGUAGGAUAUAUUUGCAUUGUGGCAAAAUGAUUUUGACCAAACUUUCCUUAGUGUUUUUAUCAAUACUCAACACUCUCGCUAUGUCAGUGCUUCUUAGUGGAAAUGCAGCUCUGUAGGAACUUAAAGUAAGGUUAAAAUAAAGUUAAUAUCAUUCUAACAGAAGAAUAUUCAGCUUAAUGUGCCUUUACAAUCUGUUUUCUAUGGUUAUGGCUUAGGUAGAAGACAUACAGAGCACCGUGUAAACAUGCACUUUGAGCAUAGACCAUGUAGUAUUGCUGUUUUUUUUUGUUUUUUUUGUGGCUGUGAAGAUGCUCUGAAAGCCAGAUGUAUAUGUUUAUGUGAAUUUAGAACCGAAAGUGAAGGAAAAACAAGACUACAUUUCAGACAGAAGUUAUGUUUCUUUUUCCAUUCGUUUCAGAAGAUACUUGAAAGUGUUUUGGGGAACAGUUAAGGGACAAUUAUUGCCAUUAGGGCUGCAGCUGUCGGCCUGCUGUUUCUGUGUGUGUGUGUGUGUGUGUGUGUGUGUGUGUGUGUGUGUGUGUGUGUGUGUGUGUGUGCGGGUGCAUGAGUGUGUGUGUGUGUGUGUGUGUGUGUGUGUGUGUGUGUGUGUGUGUGUGUGUGUGUGUGUGUGUGUGUGUGCGGAUGCAUGAGUGUGUGUGUAGGUGUGUGUGUGUGUGUGUGUAGGUGUGUGUGUGUGUGUGUGUGUGUGUGUGUGUGUGCGGGUGCAUGAGUGUGUGUGUGUGUGUGUGUGUGUGUGUGUGUGUGUGUGUGUGUGUGUGUGUGUGUGUUUGGGCAGAAGACAUAUUUGCUGAGAGCAGAAGGCUGAGAUAUGUUCACUUCUGACCUUUAAUUUGCUAAUUUGUGAUGAGUUGGAUUUGAGACAAGUUUAAAUGUAUGUAGUCUUUAUUUAAAUGCUCUAUCAGUCAUAUCAUUUCAAUAUACCUGGAGGAUGUUAAUGUAAUAUGUCUGAAAUUACUCACGAUUUUAAUAAAUCACCUGGGCUUCA